AACCAAGAAAAAAAAAAACAACAAAAAAAAUCCGAAAUGCAUGUCAGUGGAAACAUGCAUUGUCAAAUUCAAAACACAAACAAAAUGGAUUCGGAAGCAGCAUCGUCUUCUUUUCUCACAAGAGAACAAAUCCUGCAAAUGCUCAGGGAACUGCCUGAUGCGGGGUUUAUGAAGCCGCCUUCACCUGUGCUACCGCCAUUCAAGAAGCUGGGAGUUCUCGUUGACGCGGAUGACAUUAUCGACGCAAAGGAAGCUGCUGGCAAUAGCAUAAGCAACAACAACAGCUACAUAAACAGCACACAAUCCUAUCUAUGCGCCGAGUGCCAAAGGAUACUGCCCACCGCCCACCUGUUGGAUCUCCACAUCACCGAGCAGCACGAUUUCUACUUUGCUGCCAGCGUGGAACGCGGCGAUAAGCCCAUGUUCGCCUGCUACAUGGAGGAGUGCGGCACCAAAUUCCACACCGAUUCGAUUCAUCGAUUCGACCAGGACCACGCCAACACCAAGCCCAAGGGCAGUGGCAAGAAGAGCGACGCCUCCAUGGAGGUGGACGAGGCCGGCAGCGCAAAAGCCUUCUGUUUCGGCCACCACACGAUGCGUACGUUCAACACGCGAAAGGAGAGGCAGUCCGGCGACACCCUGGAGGACGUGCAGGACAUGAAGGACGCCAUCGACGACAUCCUGGAUUAGAUUUACAUAACUAUUUACUUUGCGAAUGAAGCAGCAUUAUAAGAUAAAAGUAUAGGUAAUUUCCGUGAACAUGGUCGAUCAUUUCGCCUUUGGGCUAGACCUGAAAAUAAAAUUGAAUUUAUUGUUGA